AUGGACUUUCCACCAGAACAAAACAAAAGCCAAAAUGUAAAUGAAGAAGCAGAGAUAAAGGAAUGGAUGGCCGAAAUACUCCAGGAAAAGCUCGCAGAAGGACCUCUAUCGGUAGUUCUGAGGGAUGGAGUGGUUCUUUGCAAUAUGAUCAAUGCAAUUCUCUCAAAAGAUGCAUUUGCUAAGAUUAAGUGUCCAAGCAGAAGCUCUCUAAGCUUUUUCCAAAUGGAAAACAUAGCAUAUUUUAUUGAAAAGGCCAGGAUGCUGGGUGUUCCCGACUCCGAGAACUUCCAGACCAUUGAUCUUUUUGAGGAUAAGAACAUCAAGCAAGUUUACACCUGUAUUUAUUCUCUUUCCAGAAAUCUCUAUAAGAAUGGAAGGACCGACAUACGAGUCAUUGGUCCAAAGCUAGUUGAGAAAGUUUCGAUAACAUUUACAAAGGAGCAGUUGGAUGAGGCCAAGAGAACAGUAAGUCGGCAGUACGGAUCGAUACGGGAAUAA